UUAAAAACAUAAGUUUUGACAACAUGAAAUAACAAUGAAGCUAAGAGUAAGAUUCGAGAAAAAGACGAAAAUAAUAACUAUUGAAGAUGAACCGCAACCUACAUUUGAAACUUUGAAGUCAGCAAUAAGAGAAACUGCGUUUGGAGAAUGGGGAAUAAAUAUCGAUGCUAGUUUUCAAAUUAGUUUGGAUGGUAAAACAUGUGCAGGAGAAGGAGAAAGUAAUUUAAAAUCAGCAGGAAUUGUAUCUGGGGAUCUCAUCAAGGUCUUACUUGGUGAUAAUGCAUUGGUUAUGGGAAUUUCACAAACUUCUGUGGAAGAAAACACAUCUUCAGUUACUCCUGUGAUGUCUGAAAUGUCUGUGGCUUCAGAAACCUUUGAGCAAGAUCAACCUGGUCCAUCAACAGUUACUGAAACAGAAACUACAGAAUAUAUACCUUGUUCAUCACCUGGUCCCAUAUUUUUCAGAGACUGUAAUGGUUCAUCUGAUGUUCCACAUUUAGUGCAAAAACUUUAUGAAGAUGAUUUUAUUAAAAAUGAAUUUCAAGCGCUUUGUAUCACUUUGCAUUUUAUGAUGUGUGAGAGUGGUUUUUAUAUUGAAGGAAUGACCGAGCAUAGUGACAUAUUACCCCAUUUACAAUCUCGAAUAUUCGCAGUAGAAUACAGUCAUGCAGCAGGCCCAGAUUUGAAAUUCAAUUUCACUUGCAAUCAGCUUGGUUCAUUCGUUCUUGUUAACGGAGUUGCGCAACCGUGUCGCAAUACCAACGAACAAGUCUUAACUCUUCAAAUAACGACGAAAGACUAUAUUCAAAGUUUCACAGCCUCCACUAAGAAUUCAAAUGCUGCCGCUGUCUACAAGAAUUUAUCAAAAUUGAAUCGACAAGUUAAAGAAACGAUCGCUCAUCCUGCGUUGAAUAACAUGAGAGAAGAGUUGCAACUCCCACCAGUUCAUGGACUUUUGUCGUUAUUUCCUGAAAUUUUACAACUAAUUUUUUCACAGCUAGACUGUAAAAGCUUGAUAUCUUUAUCCCAAGUAAACAAAGCAUUACAGGACAUAACCAAUGAUGAAAAUCUAUGGAGAAACUUGUAUAUAAAGGAUUUUAAAUCCCAUCCCAUUAGUGUUGAAAAUUCUUGGAAAAAAACAUAUUCUAAGCGUUUCGUUAGAGAAAAGGAACGUAAACAAGACAUGGAGCGCUAUUAUCGUGAUUAUCAAACUGACCCCUGGCCCCAAUUUCCGACCCCAAUUCCUGGUCAACCCGUUCCAUUUCCUGAUCAGCAACCAUUUGGAAUGAUAGGUGGUGAACAUGACUUGCAUCCAACUUUUCCUUAUGGACCAUUUGCAACCCCACCCAGACGCUUACCCCCAGCACGACCCAAUCACCCAAUGCAUCCAGAUAAUCCUCUUCCUGGUUCACGAUAUGACCCCAUAUUUCCUGGUGGAGGUUUCAGACCUGGAAGGGGUGGUGGAAUGAUGGACGCUGAUUUUGAAGGGUUUGGGGCUCCAACGAUGCCUUUUCAAGGUCGCCAAAGAAGGUCACGACAUGACCAGAGAUAUGGGUUCAUGUAAAUUAACUUUAAAUUCCCAUGUUAUUGUUACUUUACUCUCUUCUCCCUGCUACGUGUGAUUUUUUUUCAAAUCUGUGUGUUUACAGCAAUAAUUGAAAUGCAACAUUCUGUAGGCAUCUGUAUAAUUACAGGAUAAAUGCAAAUAGGAACAUUUCCAUCACAUGGCCCCGUUUGUGUCAAUUGUUUCAAAUAGUAAGCUGUUUUCUAAGCUUGUAGCGUUUCCUAAAUGACCUAGAAUGUUUGUGAAUCAUAAUAAAAAUAACUGCAAAAGUGGUAAAUUCAAUUACAGAUUGUUUACUGUGAAGUUUUCACAAUUUUUAUCUAAACCUUUUGAUUGCCAGAAUAGCUUAACAUUAACAUUUUAGGUUACGAUCAUUUUAACUUUACUUGGUUGGCAACUUGUUUUGAAAAUAUUGGUAUAAGCUCAAUCUUACUAGAUUUUGAUGAAUCGUCUAUAUUCAGGCAAUAAUUUUGUUGAAAUAUAUUUUGUAGUUUUCUGAUAAAUGUUGAUUGUGAUCUUUUGUGAUAACUCGCCGAUCUUCUUUUUUGUGCUGAUUUAAUUUGAAAUUUUUGUACUAUAAAACUUCAGUUUCUUUAUUUAAUUUUACGUUAACAUAAGAUUUGAGCAAUAAAUAUUCUUUAAUGUUUUGUAAAUA